AUGGCUUCCAUCACUUUCGACUCAGAAUUACUUAGGCAGCCGUUGCCGCAGAAGAUAUUGGCCGCUGCAAUUGAUUUCAGGGCGUUGUAUGACGCCAACUCGAACCCGGUUCUUCUCAGUGGCAGCACAGUGGACGAAUCAGGAUACCCAUUACUUGUAGCCGUUGUCAAUGAGCCAGGGCGAACCGCUAAGGAUGUACGUCGUGUUGAUGUGGAUACGAAGGGCAAGACCUGGCAAUGGGCGUCUGACCUUGGAUUUCCCUUCAAUAUCGAUGACAUGAUCGAUUACUGUGUAGGCACCUUACCGGGGGGCGCAGGUCGUAAAGCGCAUGGGAUUUUUGGCAUAGACAAGACUCAACAGAAACCCACACUGACCUUCGCUGGCAUUGUAGGAAAGGCUCCCGGACUCCGAACACCUCUUAACGUUAGAUUGGCCACAGUUGAAAAUCCUCAAUGUGUACGAACAACCUUGGAUGAAGACGGUUUCACUAAUGUACUCGUCGCAGGAGACGGUGUACUACAUAUCGCAUCACAGAACUGCACAGAAUCAGUUCCUAGUGGCACUAUUCUUCCUGCCACUCUGGCACAUGAAACUCUGAAUGGCCUCCGCAGACUCGAGGUCACGCAAAACGGUCAGAGUGUUGCAGUCUGGGGAGUCAAUGGCGAAAACAACCUCGUCGGCCAGUCUGCAACACUUGAAUUGAACCAGGACGAGGGAUUUGAUGAACUCAAGGCAGCAGGCGAGCCUAUUCCUUUGCUUCCAGUUGGUGAUCAGGUUCAGUCUUUUGAUGCAGUGUUAAACCCGAGAACACGCCUCCAGCAGGUGUUUUGUCUCAAAGGAGAUGGGACUGUGUCUUCGUUGCAACAAGCUGGAGAUUCGAAGCUUUGGUCGGAGCAGCAACUGUGUGUUCCCGAUCCUACAGACCUUCAAGAUGUCAAUACGUACUCCUGUCACAUCAACGUAAAAGGAAGCAGCGGCGAGCCACUGCCAGCUACUCAUAUUCAGCUCAAAUCAUCCAGCCAAGUCACCUGCAUCAUCAAUAGCAUGUGGGUGACCCUCGGGUCACAGCCUGUCAAAUUCAAGACGGAUACCAAGGGCGCCAUUUCAAUCACAAUGCCAGCACCGGAUCUGGCUGCGCCAGACAUCGUGAUUAUCCUAUCGGAUCAGAGUCACAUAAACUUCAAUCCGGCUCACAAAGCUGUUUCAAAACUAUCCAAUGCUGCGAAAGCAGGAUCGCUUAGUGACCUGAAGCGGCAGGAUGGAUCCCUAAUGUUCCCAGGAAUCGACAACAAAUCAACUCAACUCAUUUCACAGAUCAGCGACAAAUAUCUUGGCCAGAAUGAGUCUGCUUCGAUGCCACAGGCUCCAGAAACCAUGUUGAUGACUACUUCAAAUUUCGCUGUCGCCACGGACGAUCACGGUAUACUUUGGCAGUUUUGGCAUGGUAUCGUCUCUGGAGUUGAGAAGAUCCUAGACUUCGGGUACCAAGCCGGAAGCUUUAUCAUCAAUACCGCCAAAAAGGUCUGGAAAUUUGUGAUUGAGACUGCAGAGCAGGCACUGAAAGCCCUAUCAGGACUUUUCAAGUUCCUUGGAGAUGCGGUUGAGGAAGCAUUGACUUGGCUAGCUGAAAAGCUAGACUGGACCAGUAUCCUUGAUACAGCGGCAGUUUUCAACGAGAUGUUCAAUGCAGGUAUUGAGAUGUUGGAGGAUGUGAUCGAGAAGGGCGCCGAUGCGGUGGAUCACAUCUUUGCCGACAUGGAGGCGCAGGUGGCACAAUGGCAUGUUCCUCCCGAGAUCCCGCAACAAUUUGCUAAAUUGAAGCCGGACGUUGACAAGAAAAAGAAUGAAAAGAGUAACAAUUUUGCGGACAAUCCGGGCUUCAACUGGCUGAACAACAACUUGGAGAACGAUGAUACACAGAAGGCGCUUUCUACCACGGCGGGAAAUUCAAAGGCUACAAGUCUUAGUGAUGUGCUCAAGACAUUGUUCGACGAUUUUCUUAAACCACUGUGGGAUAACUUCAAAGACACCUUAGUACACAUCUGGGACGACAUCAAAAAGCUGUUCGACUCCAAUUCAACCAUGACAUGGCAGGACAUCCUGAAGAACAUCGGAGCAGACAUCGCACUAGGCAUUGUCAGAGGUAUUCGUAAAGCAGUCCAUGGGCUCUUCGCGGUCUCUCACUCAAUCGUCGAAUGGAUUCAUGACAUGCUCAACAAGGAGAUCGACAUUUGGGUAGUGACAAAACUUUACGCCAAGAUUACACGUGGUCAAAAACUCACCAUUUUGAAUCUUUGUUCGCUAAUAUUGGCAAUUCCAACAACGUGGGUAUUCCGGCUGCUGUAUGGCAAGAAGCCCAGAGAUAUUCCACAGCUGGCCAGUUUUCUGGACGAGCUUCACGCAAGAGACUCCAAGAUUGUCUCUUUUAGCAGCAAGUCGGCAGCGCCAACAUUCGAUAGGAUCAGCUCGCAAUCUCUUCCUGAUGAUAACUUCGCUGCCAUGUCGGCAGCAGAGAAUGCAUUUCCAUCAGAGAAAACAAUGCUCUUGGCUACGAAUGCAGCCUCUCAGAAUCGUCAGUCGGCUAAUCGGAUUACAAAUUUUGCCACAAAGGCAACUACGGAACAGUCCUUGCAAGCCGUAACCAUGAGCUCCGGAAUGAAGAGACUCCGUUAUGUUUGGCGCAUGGGUAUGCUCAUCAAAUCUGCAGGCGUCAUCGUCUACACAUUAUAUGACACAAUCACUACAGGACUAGCAUGGCCCACAGUCGGAUUCGAAAACGAUGGUGCCAUCGCCAAUGAGUUCACGAAGGGGAAGAUGAUGUAUGUUGCAAUCGUUAUCGGUGUAGGCUCUUUCCCUUUCGAGAAACUCGACCGACAUCCCCUUGGAUAUUCGAUUCGGGUAUUCUCGUGGGCUUGUAAGGGUUUUAUGAACGUCGUCAAAACAGGCGUGGCGGGGCCUGUCAAGCCAGCCAUGGCCGGUCUCGCAGGCGUGUGGGACCUGGUUUGCUACGUUAUAGCGCUUAUAGCCGAGGGCAUUGCUGGUAAAACCGAUGGUGCGCUAGAGUGGACUCAGCGUAUGCUGGCUGAUUGUUGGGCUAUCGGAAGUGCCUACAAUGCAAUGACAAAAGCGGUUGAGCCUAUCGGAUUAACUCUUACCAUCGGAGCAGGCCUCGCGAUGAACGUGGAAGGGAUGAUUCUUGCACGGAGGCAGCUCGAUUACUUCACUGAGAAUGCGACCAAGGAAGAUUACUACCCUCCAUCCUGGUCUACUUCACUGAGCGGGUCAAUGGGCUGA